GUAAACGAACUCCCCACCCAUUCUUUAAUCUUUUAUAUCCUCUUUCCCACUCCCUAAACCCUUCAAUCUCUCCUCUCUCCUCUCUCCUCUCUCCUCUCUCCUCUCUCCUCUCUCCUCUCUCCUCUCUCCCAACGUUCAAGGGAUCAUGAACUUACAAAAACCAACACAAAUGACCACCCACCCUCCAAAUCCUCCCCAGUUUCUGGAACAAGAACAGCCCAACAAAACUCUGCAAGCUGACUAUAUUCAUGACGAGGGAAGCUUGUUAAAGGGUCGGUGUUCAUCGGCUGAUGGCGUUCGAAAAGUAGUCAUUGAUGAAGUUGCUAUAGGAGCGGCUGAAGAAGAAGACAAUGGGCGGGAGAGACUGAAGAGACAUAGGAUUGAAACGGCAAAAAGUAGGGUUUGGAUUCCAGAUAUAUGGGGUCAAGAGGAACUUUUGAAAGAUUGGAUCGAUUGCCCUGCAUUUGAUGAUUGUUUGGUUCCCAGUGGGAUUACGUCGGCUCGUGCUGCUUUGGUUGAACAAGGACCAAGAUGAACUUCUGGCAGGCUUAGAAUAGAAAACAGGAAAUGGCUUCAUCAGAGGUUUCAUUGAUGAUAAAAGCAGAAACUUCAAUAGAAUAAUUCCACUCCUACGUAUUCGAGGAUGCCAAAUCUAUUGAGUUGAAUCGUAAAGACAUGAAUGAUGAACCAAUUAUGGCUCACGGAUGGUCCAAGCUUACCAAAAAAAUUCAUGUUUGCUCUUACAAAUUAUACACACAGGUUGUGCUUUAUGUUUCCAUGAUAAAUUUAA